AUGUCCCGCCCACAAAACGCCCAACCUACCUCCUCCAUUGACCGUCUAGCUGUCAGGCUGCCACCUUUCGUGCCAUCCGACCCUGAAUUAUGGUUUUGCAUGGUGGAACGAAGUUUCGAAGCCUCAGGAAUCACAUCUGAAUCGACAAGAUUCGGGUAUGUCCUGGGAAAUUUGGAUCCGCAGUACGCAGCCGAAGUGCGGGACAUUAUAAUAAACCCACUGGCGACUGAACCAUAUGCUACUAUCAGAGCAGCACUCAUUCGUCGGUUGGGCCCUUCACAAGAAUUAAGGACCAAACAAUUGCUGGGACAGGAAGAAAUCGGUGACAGGAAACCAUUCCAAUUUCUGCGUCACCUUCAAAACCUGGCUGGAAAUUCUACUCCAGAAAAUCUAUUACGCACAAUCUGGUCAGGUCGCCUUCCGCAAAAUCUACAGACGGUCACUGCAACGAUGAAGGACAAGCAGUUGGAUGAAGUUGCCGAAAUAGCUGACUAUAUCAUGGAAGCAACGCAAACACAGUCCGUGAUAGCAACCACGGCCACGCCUUCUCCACAGCACAAUGCCAUCCAACUACUGACCAAUAAGGUGCAAGCACUUCAGUUGGAUCUGCAUCAAAUAAGACGACAUAUGGCAAGAG